UGACUUUUGUAACCACUAAAUUACCAAUUGGGUUAGCAACAGCGAGCAGUAGUUUGUUUUUACACAUCAAAAGGUUUAUUUAAAGUAGGACGAUGACCUCCAGAGGGACGGCGAGUCGUUUCCUUCAAAGUGUUCUUCAAAAUGGUGUCGGUCGAUACGUUUGUCAGCUGAAACGAGUCGCCCUCCUCUUCUCCAGGAGAGGAAACGGCUCACUGGGAGUCAGGGAUUUUAUCGAGGAGGGGGUGGUGGAUUAUGCCAAGAAGUACCCUGGGACUGUUGUGUACGUGUCUCCUCAGGAGGGCUGCAAGAAGCCCAAGAUAGUUGCAGAAUACUUAAACGGCAACAUCAGAGAAGAAGAUGUCAACUGUAAAACGUCAGAGGAGGUUCUGCAGCUUCUGACCAAGCUGGCCAGUCAGUCCGGCCUGGACGUCAUUCGCCUCCGGAAGCCCUUCCACUCGGACAGCCCCAGCAUCCAGGGCCACUGGCACCCGUUUACAAACCGACCCCCGUCCAUCGGCCCCAUCUGUCCGCAGAGUCCGUAUGCGAGGAUGGACUAAACAACAUUAAAGCCAUUUUCCAGAAACUAA